AUGGACGAGGACCUAUUUGACAUGUCGGAUUUGGGAUUACCCGGCAGGAUGCUGGGCAGCCAACCAGGAGAAGACGGCUGGGACGACGCCAGCGACAGCGACGGUUUGAGCGGCGACUCUGACGAACGGCGGCGGCGGAAGCGCAAGCCGGCCGCCACCAAGCGCAAGGCAGCGCGCAAGCAGCAGCAACAGCAGCCCACGGACGCGGGCGCACCGGCAGGCGCGGACGAAUUUGCAGGGGCUGCGGCAGACGCAGGGUCGCGGGAGCAGGCGGAUGACGAGGACAGCGAUGAGAUCCAGAUCAUCGAGCUAGAUCUGGAUCUGCCCCAGCUGGCGGCCAAGCGCGCCAAACUCGCAGCCGAAGAGCAGCAGCGGCCGGGGAGCGGCGCGGCCGCGCGGGGCCGCAGGCGCGGCAAGGCGCGCGGCGGCAGGGGGCCGCGGCGGGGGCGGCGCGCGCGAGCGGAGGGGGGCGAGGGGGGGCAGGAGGAGGAGGAGGCGGGGACGACCGGGUCAGAGCGGCCGUCGCCUGCUGCGGCCGCAGACCGCGGCUGCCGGGCGGUGCUGGAAGAAUCGCGGCGGCUCAGAGCGCAGCUCGAGGAGGCGCUGCGGCGGCAGCAGGACCCCGAGACAGGUGCGCACGUGCACACAGGCGCCACGCGCGACACGUGCAUGCGCAUGGGCGGCGCCGCGCUCAGGCGCGCUCCGCGAGAGCUUUGGCCGGGCUCGCUGGCUGGGGUGACGCCGUCACGCGCCGGCGACGUCACGGGAGCGCCUGGCUCCCAUACGGCGGAGCGCGGCCGCGAUGGACGGCUCCGGCUGUCUGCAGCUGCGGGUGUGGUUGCAGCCCUCGUUCCAGCAUGCCGCUGA